UUUUUUGGGGGUGAGAUUUAUCUAUGUAGGUUUGGGGCAUUUUGUUGACUUUUACGUUUUUGUUAUCUGGACGACGGCUAGACUCUUUUGCCCUCCCGUCCUUUAUUUUUUUUUUCCAUCAACAAAACACAACCAACUGCUAGAGGGACACGUUUUCCCUCACCUCUUCCAGAGUAAUGAACAGUUUCUUUGCCGGUCGCCCGCUCUUGCGAUCGUCUCGCCUGACACUCCUCCCAACCCGCACCACAACAAACAUUCUCGCAAUGGCCUCUUCACGUGCAUACUCGACAACCCCUUCCAAAAUCGUUGUCCAAAACCCCAUUGUCGAACUCGACGGCGACGAAAUGACGCGCAUCAUUUGGAAGUGGAUUAAAGACAAGCUCAUCUUUCCAUACCUGUCUCUUCCAAUCAAGUACUAUGACCUUGGUGUUGAGUACCGGGACAAGACGAACGAUCAAGUCACGAUUGAAGCUGCUGAAGCGAUCAAAAAGUAUCAUGUUGGUAUAAAGUGUGCGACGAUUACGCCUGAUGAAGCUCGGGUGCAAGAGUUUGGGUUGAAGCAAAUGUGGAAGAGUCCUAAUGGGACCAUUAGGAAUAUUUUGGGGGGAACGGUGUUUAGGGAACCCAUCUUGUUGAAGAAUGUGCCGAGGUUGGUCCCUGGAUGGAAACAUCCGAUUAUUAUUGGACGUCAUGCGUUUGGUGAUCAGUACAGGGCCACCGACUUUAUUGCCGACGAGCCCGGAACAUUUGAAAUGACCUUCCGCCCCAAAUCCGGCGGUCCACCCAAAACCUUUACCGUCUACGAAUUCCAAGGCCGCGGCGUCGGAAUGGGCAUGUACAAUACCGACGAAUCCAUUUACGGAUUCGCCCAGAGUUGCUUUGAAAUGGCGCUUGCCCGUAAAAUGCCUCUGUACCUCUCGACCAAAAACACCAUUUUGAAAAAAUACGAUGGACGAUUCAAGGAUAUUUUCCAACAAGUCUACGAAAAAGACUAUGAAUCGUCCUUUAAGGCCGCUGGUAUCUGGUACGAACACCGCCUCAUUGACGAUAUGGUCGCGCAAGCCCUCAAAUCCCCCGGAAACUUCAUCUGGGCCUGCAAAAACUAUGAUGGGGACGUUCAAUCCGAUACCCUUGCCCAAGGCUUUGGAUCCCUCGGUCUCAUGACAUCAGUCCUCUUGACGCCCGAUGGCAAGACAAUGGAAUCCGAAGCGGCUCAUGGAACUGUUACGCGUCAUUAUCGGGAACACCAAAAGGGCAAGGAAACGAGUACGAAUUCCAUUGCGAGUAUCUUUGCUUGGUCAAGGGGAUUAGCUCAUCGUGCGAAAUUGGAUGGGAAUGAUCGGUUGAAGGCUUUUUGUGCCGAGUUGGAAAAAGCUUGUGUCGAGACGGUUGAAAAGGAUAAUAUCAUGACCAAGGAUUUGGCCUUGUCGAUUCAUGGACAGGGUUUGAAACGUGAGCACUAUGUCACCUCGGAGGAAUUCAUUGACCACGUUGCCAAGCGCCUUGCAGGAGCCCUUCAAUCGCAAGCUAAAUUGUAAAACCGCACACAACACACACUUUUAUUUUUUUUUUUUGUAGCGUGCAUUGCAUGUAGAACCAACAAGAUAGUAUUUAGAAUCCAUGGCAUGAUGUUUAAUAAACCAUUUACAUAACCAACA